CCGUAACGCCUCAUCCAGUAGAUAUGAGAGAAAAUUCUACUUUCUUCAAGCUAGUGAUGGUCUCAAGUACGUAACAGUGCGUAACAAGAGAAACUCUUAUCGCCUACAAAGUCUGCCCACUCUCCAUAGCUUCCAUCGAAAGAAUCUUCAGGAUGCGUCCCCGAUUUGCCCUUGAAUUCCCUCUCUAUUUUCAUCUCUCCGCCACUCUCUCCCAGAGAAAAACGUUAAUCGGUGCCAACCACACCUCUGCUCGAUUCUGCUCUCGCUAAUCAGAUCCGUUCUUCAUCUCUCUCACUAAAUUUAGGAACCUGUUAACGAACAAAGGCAGAGCAGUCUUUUUCUGUUGCGGUUUUGUUUUUCUUCUGCUCUCAUGGAGCAUAACGCAGGCAAGCACAGAUUUCUCAGGAACAUUUUGGUGCGGGUGCUCCUAUUCGGUGUUUUAAUCAUCGUCCUCCGUUUCGCAUACGUCGUGACGAUCACGGGAGAAUCUUGCGAUCGUGGCGACUUUUGCUUCUUCUCUCUGCCGGAGGAUAUCAACCUCUUAAUCCCUUCCGUUGGCACCGGCGCAGCCUCCGCAAGCAAUGUCGUCAGAUCAAACUCUGUUGAUCUCUCCGGCGGUGAUCUCUAUACUAGCAAGGACUGGAUCAAGGCGGUCCAAUUCUACUCCUCGAUUUUUCAAGAUCUGAUUACCGAGGGUUACCUUGCUUCCACCUCGAAGUCCUUGUGCGUAGAGAGCGCAUCCGGGCAGGACGUGUUCACGUUAAAGGAGAUUGGAGUUGAGGACUCCGUUGGAAUUUUCAAGAAGGCGUCGAAGCCUCUGGUUAUUAAGGGUGAGGGGCAUCGCAUACCGUUCGACAACAAUACCUUUGACUUUAUUUUCUCCGGUGGGGGCGCAAUCAACAAGUCACCUCGGCCGGUAGCUUUUGCGGCUGAGAUCGCACGAACGCUCAGACCCGAAGGGUUUGUGGUGGUCCACGUGAGUGUUAACGAUACCUAUAGUCUCAAUUCGUUUCUUGAUUUGUUUCGUUCUUUCAAACUCGUAAAAGAUCACGACAUAGAGGGUUACGAUUUCGCAAUCCCUGAUUUCAGAGAGAUUGUGUUGAAGAAAGAGCGUGAUUUUGUUCUCGGCCAUGGCCCAAAAGAAGGGGAUAACAAGUGCUUAGUUCCUGCACAUAAACGAGAUUUGGUACGGUUAGCAGAGCCUUUGAUUUUGGAGGAGCCCUUGAAGCCAUGGAUUACUUUAAAGAGAAAUAUAAAGAAGGUAAAGUAUUUGCCUUCAAUGGCAGAUAUUAGCUUUAAGAAUAGAUAUGUGUAUAUUGAUGUUGGAGCUCGAAGCUAUGGCUCUAGUAUUGGCAGUUGGUUCAAGAAGCAAUACCCAAAACAGAACCAUACUUUUGAUGUUUAUGCAAUUGAGGCUGAUAAGACCUUUCAUGAACAGUACAAAUUGAAAAAGCGCAUUACACUGUUACCAUAUGCUGCAUGGGUAAGAAAUGAGACAUUGUCUUUUGAGAUAAAUGGAGACCCUGGGAAGAAGGAAGUGACGGAGAAGGGAAGGGGAAUGGGGAGAAUUCAGCUGGUGAAAGCCUCGUUGGGCGGUAAGUCGGAUGGUGAAGUGGAUGAAAUAGAGGGUUUUGAUUUUGCAGAUUGGCUGAAGAAUACAGUGGAAGAGAGGGACUUUGUGGUGAUGAAAAUGGAUGUAGAAGGAACUGAAUUUGAUUUGAUUCCAAGGUUGUUCGAGACAGGUGCAAUUUGUUUGAUAGAUGAAAUUUUUCUAGAGUGCCAUUACAGUAGGUGGCAGAGGUGUUGUCCAGGACAGAGGAGCUCAAAGUAUGAGAAAACAUAUGGCCAGUGCUUGGACCUGUUCAGUUCUCUCCGAGAUAGUGGAGUGCUAGUUCAUCAGUGGUGGUGACUGGUAACAAUUCUCUACAUUUUUAAGUUAAAAUUGAAAUUUCAAAAAGAAGAAGAAGAGGAAGAAACAUAGAUGAUGGAUGUUGGUUUUCCUUCAUUUGUUUACAGUCAAAAGUGACACUGUUGUAUUUUCUAAAGAUAUUUCCCCUUGUUUAGAAAAUAAUUUCUCUUAAUAGUAGCAGCUUCUAGGCUCCUUGAUUUGAA